AUGUCACCAACCCUUUCCACCACGUUCGCUUGCGGACACGUAGAAACUACCUCGACCCGAAUCGGCACUGAACGAGUACCAGGAUUUAAGGGCAUUAUCCGAAAUUUGAGUUGCGGAAGCUCGCCCAGAUUUGUGCAAGCGGAUUCCGCAGCUUUGUGCUCAAGUUGUCGGAAAGGUAGCCCCUCACUUCCGCCCCUUUACACGCGAGGUAAAUCAGUCAAGUUCGAAAAGUCAGUUCAAUAUAUAGAUGAGAAGGAACGCGAAGAGGUGGAUCCAGAUCCGCUCAGACGUCACCCUAUUAUCACUGAUACGGAGAGCGAAGAACUUGACGAUAUUUGUGUAGAUCCGUUCGCUAAUAAGUUUGCUGAACUUUUCAAGAACGGCGCUUAUGAUUUCACACGCAAGCAUCGGGAUGAUGUGGACGAAGGGUUGUACCACCGUGAAGUGGUUCCAAUUACACCUGUGUUGGGGCCAAGUGAGCCACAAAGCCCCCCGGAAACUGAAUGUUUCCUCCCGUUGCCAAUGUUCUCGUUUGAAGUUGCCGGUCAACCAAGCAAAGUAGGGAGCAUUGUGCUUGCGAUCGAAAAGAAGUCGAAGAACUGA